AUAGUGAAAGCGGGGAGGGAAGGAGCGGGAAGUGGUGGCUUGCUGUUGUAGAUAGAGAAGGCGGCGGCGGCGGCGGCAGCAGCGUUGGAGGCGGCGCGGGCUCCCUGCAUGGCGUUGAGGAAGGGGGGUCUCGCUGUGGGAGAAGCGCGGGGUCGUUUCUUUCUUGACUGCGUUGCGCAGUUUGAAUGGCGGAUGCCGCGGCUAUGAGUGGCGGCGAAAAAACGCCCGAGCCCGCUCAACGGGUGGAGGAUAGCAGCAGCGGCCUCUUCGGUGUGGAGAACGGAGCUGCAGCAGCCGAAGCGGACGACUGCACACAAAAUGGCGCCCACUCUCAAAGAAGCCGAAGCGAUGAGUCGCCGCUGCUAGACCCUGCCGCCGUAGAGGACAGGGACUCCCCGCGCAGUGGCCACCGCAAGACCGGGGUCUCUGCGGCCUUCGAGCAGACCCUGGCACAGCCCUUUAGCGAGGGGUUGGGGGCUUCGCUCCUCAGAGCCCCCGAAGAUCUGCCUCUUAAGAAAAACUUUCAGAUUCCCAGGAAGAGCCGAGAAAAGAAAGCUCUUUUUCAGCCCAUAACAAAUGAAUCUCGUGAAUUUGAAGAUAUUGUGAACAUUUUGCAUUCGUCAUAUUUAGAUAUCCUUUCCAAGGACAGAUUCACAUACAAAAAAGCCAGUCUGGUUCAUAGUGAACUGUUGGAAAAGGAUUUCAUAGAGAAACGAAAAGAAGUGAAACAAGAAGGGAGGUCAGAGAAAGAGCUUGCUGAGGCAUAUGCAUUUCUAAAGGUUGAUCGUUUGUCGGUCCAAAAUAUAUGUGAAAAUGGCUUACUGGUGGGCCAUUCCAAGAUAACAGUUCUCGGCAAUCCUUCAAUGGGUGUAUAUCUUUCCAAAUAUGCUGACUUGUUACAGACUAAUCCUCUGGAGGCUAAUGCAACUGGUGAUAUUAUUAUUUUUAAAGUAAUAAAGGGGAAAAUGAAGACUAUAUAUGAUAAAUAUGACAACCAGACAGUAAAUGCAAUGGACUCAGCUGUAAAAAAUGCACUGGAUCCUACACCAAAACAUGAAUGCCAUGUUUCAAAAACUGCAAACAAAAUUACAUCCGGCCGUAGUUACAGAGCAUAUGAACGUACACAGUAUUAUUUCUAUGAAUAUCACUUUCAUGAGAUCAGGCAAAGACCAAGGCAUGUGUGUCCAUAUGCUGUUGUAUCGUUUUUGUACAAGGAUGAAAAAAUGCUAAAGUACUUGCCUCAAGUAAGAUCAAAGACUUCUAGUAUGGAUAAGAGUUCUGAUAAAUCAAGUUAUGCUUUAUGGAAAGGGCAACUUUUAAACAAAGGAAAGCUUGUUUGUCAUGCUACUUUGAUAUCUGAGAAACGCCCUACGCUUCCCUGCAAACUUCCUGAAAAACUUGAUGUUGAAAUGGUAAUGAGCUUUGAAAAAUUGGCACAGAAAUUAUCAUCUCGUGUAUUGGCUAAAGAAACAUAUUCAGGAGAAAGGGAAGUGUUUAAGAAUGGAAUGUAUUGUAGUCUGUUCGAAGUUGUGGAAAAGACUAGAUCAGGGAGCAAUUUGGAAGGUUUACUUCAGAAACUAGAGACAGACAACCUAGUUAUUUUAAAACCACUUGUCGAUGGAGGACACCUCUUGCUUCUUUCUCCUUAUCAAAUGGCUUCCCCAUAUGAUAAUCGAACAGGAAGGCCUCGGGUUUUGCAAGCAUUGUUUCUAUUUCGGAAGCCUAGAAAUUUAAUGACUUCAGUGCAAAAAAAUGAUCAGAAAAAUGAAAAUACGCCGUUAUUGGAUGAAACCCAUGAAGUUAUACCAGAACUUCCAAGAUUUAUCCAGUCGUUGCAUUAUGCAUAUGUACAUUCUCGCAACAAUUCUAAGUCUGGCUUGAAUAUUUUGAUGGAAAAAUAUAUAAAUGACUAUUUUAAACGAUACAGUAAAUAUAAAGAAUUUGUUUUACAUCAAUAUAAAGGAAACUUGGAUGAGAGAAAAUUUCUAUAUCCUGGUCCUAAAAAUAAAUCCCAUCUUGAGAGCUGUUUGAAUUCCUAUAUUUUUGGUUCAGAAACAUAUCAGAUUCCUAUUUCUAACGUGAAGAAAAUAAUGGACAGUAAUAGAAAACCUCAGCAGUUCAGUCCUGUUUCAGAUUAUGAACCCCUGGAAGAUGAUCCUGAUCUUACAAGAAAAAAAGCUGGAAAAAGAAAUGGAUCAAAAUAUGAAAAUGUAGCUGCAAAAAGAAAGUCUGCUCAUUCUGGAAAUCGUGAUAGAGGAAAUAUUGAAGAUCUGAUUAAUUUAAUUCAUUAUACAAAGAAAAAUGUAGACAGAGACUCUGACUCAGAAGACAAUAGAGAAAGCAGGCGGAAACGAAAAUCUGGAAGUAAAGGAGAGAGUCCACAAAAACUGUUAAAAAUGAGCAAUACUUUAGAAAACUAUGAAGCUGGAUUGCUACAUGACAGAGCACCACAAUCACUUCUUUCAAUGAUAGCUGAUCUCGGUGGGCGUGAUACUGAUUUAAGACAACAAAACGUUGCCGAUCCUCCAAUUACUGACGUAUCUGGUGUUUUGAAAUUAAUUACGGAAAUGCUUACUAAUACGGAUUUUCAAACAGCAAGAUUGAUUAAACAGGCUUCACUAGAAAAUUAUUCAAAGCAAACAGUUGAAUACAAUCCCAUUCCACCAAAGAUCAAGGAAGAAGCCGAACUUCCUAACACUACACAUGAAAAGACUCAAUUCAAGGAUCCCCAAAGCCCAGUCAUGAUAGAAAAAAGUGCAACAUGUUUGCCCAAUUCUAUUGAUGCCUCCACUAUUGAAACGGAUCCAGAUCAUAUACUACCAUUAAAAGAAACAAGCACAGGAAGCAUAAGUAGCUUUGAUGGUUGCAUUAGUCCCUGUCCUAGCACACCCCUUGAACAGAAUUAUCAUAGACAACGUUCCAACUCAAACAAUUCUGAGGCAACUGAAAUACAUUGGAAACUGAUUCCUAUCACAGGAGGGGUAGGAAGAGUUCCUGAGGAUCAACUGAGAAAGCUUGGAGAUAACCAAACAGGCUUAAAGUCUUCAAGUGAAUUGUUUGCUUAUUCAGUACCAAAGGAUGCUUGUGAACAAGAUCCCCGCAUUAUAAACAGGCCAAGAAGUUCUGGUUCUGAAUUUGCACACUGUGCCUCUUCAGAUCUACCAAAAGAAAGAAUAGAAGAUAACGUACAUACAGGUCAAGAGGUGAAAACUGAAGAACAGUGUGACUAUGAAACAAAUAAUUAUGUGACAAGUAAACAUUCAGUAAGUGGAAUAAUAGAAACAGCCAUAUUAGAAGAGUAUAACAUCUUUACCAACAAGAUUCAGGAAACUUUGCAGCAGAAGAACAUUGUGUAUGUCAGUGGAAUAUCAAAACCUGUCUUUUCAGCCCAGGAAAGAAUUAUGAGACUUUCUGAAUUUAUAUGUUUAGAAGCAUCAGAUAUUGCUGUCCAUAAAUAUGUAGAAAGACUAAGUGAAAAGCUCAACAGUGUUGCUUCAUCAUGUUCAUAUGGUGUCCAGAAUGUGCCCCUUACUCAAAGUGCUAGACCAGUUGAUAAUUCUGUUACCAGCAGUGGAUUGAAUUUACCACUGGAGGAUCCUGUGUCUUCCUCAAAUGAUUUUGAAGAAAACCUUUCAGAGCCAGCAUGUAGCAGUGUAGAGGGAGAUGCAACCAUUAAUGAGCAGAAUCAGUUAAUGGUUUUGGAUAUAGAAAAAGAACAAGAAAAAGAACACGAAAAAGAACACAAGCCGGUGAAUGCUAACAUAGAGGGAAAGUUAGUAGCUGAGCCAAAAGGAUCACCUAUUGAUUGUUUGCCAAAAUCAGAGAAGAUCUCAAAGCCUGUAGAUAAACCAGAUAUUACAAAGCAACCUGCUCUGGCUGGUUUUAUUAGCCAAUUAAGACCUGAAGUGUUUGACAGCAUUUGCAAAAUUAUUGAAGAUGUACGAAAAAAUACAUUGAAAUUCUACAUUCACGAAGAACAAGAAAGUUUGCUUUGCAAAGAAAUAAAGGAAUAUCUUACUAAAUUAGGUAAUACAGAGUGCCAUCCUGAGCAAUUCUUGAGAAGAAGAGCUGAGCUGGAUAAAUUGCUUGUAAUUAUUCAAAAUGAAGAUAUUGCUCAUCUAAUUCAUAAGAUACCAUGUUUAGUAUCUUUGAAGAGACUCCCAUGUGUCAGUUUUGCUGGUGUUGAAAGUUUGGAUGAUGUGAAAAAUCGUACUUACAAUGACUUGUUUGUUUCUGGUGGCUUCAUUGUAUCUGAUGAAUCUGUUCUCAACCCGGAAACUGUCAGUGUUGAUAACUUCAUGAGUUUCUGAAGUUCCUUGAAGAGUUGAGUACUCCAGAUGAAAAGUGGCAAUGGAAAAUCCACUGUAAAAUACAGAAAAAAUUAAAGAGCUUGUAAG